AUGGCGCAGGACCAGGAGCCCUUCCACAUCAUCAUCGCCGGCGGCGGCCUGGUCGGCCUCUCGGCGGCGCACAUCUUCGACUCGCUCGCGGCAGAGCUGGCGGCGGUGCCCGGCGCGCGCAAGGUCAAAUUCACCGUGCUCGAGGCCCACGAUACGGUGACACCGUUCAUCGGCUCGCUGCUGCUGCUGUACCCGCCCUCCUUCCGCAUCUACGACCAGCUGGGCCUGCUGUCGGCCAUUAAUGGCGUCGUGGAUGACAUUGACAAGACCGUCACGUUCACCGCCGAGACUGGCGCGGUGCGGUACGUCGAUGAAAGCCUGGCCGAGCUCGUGCAGCGCCGCCACGGCCAUCAAUUCAAGGUUUUGCACCGGCCGCGGCUUGCCGAAUGCCUCUAUCACGGCUUGAGCGACGAGGCUAGGGCCAACGUGCUGCUAGGAAAGCGCGUUAUGAACGUCAAGACCGACGGUGGUGCUGGUGUUGAGGUUAUUUGCCAGGACGGGACAGUAAUCAAAGGCGACAUUCUGAUUGGCGCUGACGGCGUGCGAAGUCGGGUACGGUCCAACAUGCAGCGUCUCAAGGCCGCAUCAGACGGCAGAGAAGCAAAGGACCAAAAGCCUAGCACAAACGAGAGCCCCUACAUCGCCUCGUACCGCCUCCUAUUUGGCAACGUCCCCGUGCUGGAGGGCCUGCCGAUUGGUGUAAAUUGGGAGGGCGCCGGGGACGGCAUCUCGACGCAGAUCCUGACCGGCAGCAAGCAGGCCUGGUGGGCCCUCUACGAGCAGCUGCCCGAGCCGACCUCCAAGCACUCCAAGUACGACGAGGAGGACAAGGCGCGGGUCAUCGCGCGCUGGGGCGACGUGUACAUGGCGCCCGGCUACAAGCUCCGCGACGUCCUGGAGCACAACUCGGGCGCCAUCGGCCUUAUCAACCUCGAGGAGGGCAUGGUGGAAGAAUGGACCUGGGACCGCGUCGUGCUGGUCGGCGACGCCGUGCGCAAGGUCGAGCCCCACGCCGGCCUAGGCUUCAACCAGGGCCUGACGGACAUUGUCACGCUCGCCAACAAGCUGCACGGGCUCCUGCUCGAGAAGCCGGACCCCAGAACGGGAGACCUCGCUGCCGUUUUCGGGGAGUACCAGGCCGAGCGUCACGAGACGCUGCACACCAUCGACCGCAUGUCGCGGCGCCGCGCCCGCCAGGUCGGCUGGCCCAACGGCGGGUACCGCUGGUUCGCGACCUGGGUGCUGCCGUACGCGCCGCUGGCGCGCGUCGGCCUCGAGUACGUAAUGGGGCCGAUCAUGGCGCGCGCCCCUGUUGCAGCGUGGCUGCGGGAGACGAGCCUGCCCGCACACGAGGUCGAGUACGAGACGUACGGCGCUGCGGACGACGAGAAGAAGCGGGCCCGGACGCGCAAGGCCGUCGCUGUGCGGGCCCAGGGUUCGGGCUCCUACGGCUUGACGCUCGGCACUGCUACCAUUCUCCUGGCGGGCCUGACGGCGGUGGGCUUGCGGUACUACCGCAGGAUUUGA